AUGGCGCUUGAACUGGGCCCUGGUGUGCGAUCCGGGUCGCCAGAGAGCUCGGGGCGGGACUCGCCCAUCCCACGGCAAUGGAGGAACCAGCUUGGCGGAGAGGACGCCCCCAUCAAGGACAAGGCGUACCGCAGAUACGCUGCCGGAGUCGACAAAGCGCUGCUGCUCUUCGAGACGGCCCUGGAGGAAUGGGCCGACUAUAUAUCCUUCCUCAACAGAUUGCUCAAGAGCCUGCAAGCCCGACCGCCCAAUGUCACCGUUAUCCCCUCCAAGAUCACAGUCGCGAAACGUCUGUCGCAAUGCCUGAAUCCGUCACUGCCCUCGGGCGUGCACCAAAAAGCUCUCGAAGUGUACAACUACGUGUUCGAAACAAUUGGCAAGGAUGGGCUGUCCCGAGACCUCCCUCUAUACCUCCCAGGCCUGGCACCUACGCUCUCUUUUGCGUCCCUUUCGGUUCGCUCCCCGUAUCUCGACGUCCUCGAGCGCCACUUCACGGGCAUUGACUCCAGGUCGUUGCGACCUGCUAUGAAGUCAAUCAUACUGGCAUUGCUACCGGGGUUGGAAGACGAGACCAGUGAGGACUUUGAUCGAACCCUGCGGCUGGUUGGGAGCUUCAAGGAGGCAAUUCGGCCAGCGGACAGCGUCGUCCUUACCGAGCAACAUGCCUCGGGCGAUGACUUCUUCUGGCAAUGCUUCUUCCUGGCUUCCGUUACGAGUCAUAGCCGCCGUGCCGGCGCCCUUGCCUACUUGAUACGCAACCUUCCCAGAUUGGGCGGAGAUGCCUCCGCUGGCGCAUCUGCUGGGGACAUUGGCCAACGCAAUGUGGACGGUAGCUUCAAUAGUGAGAUUGCCGCCAUCGUCACCACCCCAGAGCCCGGUUUGCUGGUGAGGUGCUUCGCUAGCGGACUGUCCGAUGAGCAGUUGUUGAUCCAGCGUGGCUUUCUCGAUUUACUCGUCUCUCAUCUUCCCCUCAAUUCUCACGUAUUACAAUCUCAAGUCAAGCCUGGCGACCUGGAACUUCUCCUGAAGGCUGCAGUCGGGGUCGUCACGAGACGAGAUAUGAGCUUGAACCGCCGAUUAUGGGCAUGGCUUCUCGGUCCCGAGCCAACAGGCAACGAGAAUGAACAUAACCCUGAGCUGCACGGCAACGCAGACGGCCCGCAAGCUCUCCUCUCCUCCCGAACCAGCUACUUCGAACAGUAUGGGCUGCAGCCGCUUACAAAAUCCCUCCUUGAGAUGAUCAGAGAUACCAAGCAUAGAGGAGUUGCCGAACGAACUCGGCCAUACCGGAUAUGUCUCUCCUUAAUGGAUCGAUGGGAAGUCGGCGGGCUUGUGGUUCCAGACAUCUUCCUUCCCGUGGUGGAAAGUGUGCGGCAGUUUCAAAAACAGGGUCCUGCCAAGGCAGAGUUCACCGAAGUGCUACGCAGCGCAAGCGUCUUCUUUGACGGCAUUGAGAGUGGCCUCAUCUAUAGUGAGCUUGUUGGGCUUCUGGCUCAGGCAAUCAGCCCGGGGAAGUCCAGUAACGACGAUCGAAGCGACAAGCUGUCUUUAGUCAACUUCAUCAUCACUCACUUCAAUGUGCGCGAAGAGGAGAUGGUUACGGUUCACGCUCCCCUGACUUGUCUCGCUGCUUUGCUCAUGCUGGAAGAUGCACGCAACUUGCAAGAUGGAGACAACUUAUCGUUGAGAGAACAAGUCCUUGGUAUUGUUGUCUCACUCCUCGAACUGGUUCCGGACCGAGCAUUCGCUGAGCCUUCUACGGCCAAUGCAAGUCCUAAGAGGGAGUGUGGCGGCGCUUCCUCUCUGUCGGCCGCAGAGCUACUCAAGAAAGUUCAAGACUUUUACAUCCACGGGCAGGGAAGCUUGGACGCAUCUCCAGCGCCUUUCUCUCAGGUUGAGACUGGCGAGCUGAUUCUGAAGAAAGCAAUCAAGUACAUCGUUGAUGGUACAGCCGAGCAACAGUCGUCGUGCUCCUUGAGCUUCCACAUCAGAAUUCUGCUACUGAUCUUGCUGAAAGUGCCCAAAAACUAUCGAUUUGACGUGACAGCCUUGGUGGCUUCCUUGAAGGCCAAACUGAUGCAGAAGCGGCCGCUGAGAUUUUCAGACUUUUCUUCCAUUCUGCAUCUCAUCACGCAGCUUCAUUAUGUCGAGCGGAUCUCAACAUCAGAACUCUCCGAACUAGUGCAUCCUCUGGUCCGUCACGCAUGGUCAUAUCUCUCUGCAUCUGAGCCCAAGUACCAUGUGGAAGCUGUUCGGUGCUUGUGGCAGCUUCAAGCAGCCCUCUCGCUGUCUCGCCGCGAUGUGGAAGCCUCACUUGCAAGUAUACUGGUUGACCAAAGUGCCGCCGAUGGCGCAGAUAUCGGGCGCGCUUUCGGCGUUCUUUGGUCUCACACACUCCAGGAUACGCCAUCUGAUCGCCGUGGGCCCAAGAUCCCUACCAUUGAAGCAAAACUGGGCCAGAAGCUCAGUGCGACUGAUCACUACGAGGUCAUGCUAACGCGGCCGCUAUUCCUUGUGCUGGAUGGAUUGCUAGACGACAGGACACAGCUUUUCAUGACGGUCAAGUCGUGGCUCAAUAGCAUGGUUGGCAUCGAUAGGCUAUUCCUCCUCUUCGUUAUCAAGUUUGCAGAGAUACCUUGUCUUCGUGCAGUCGGGGGGUCUGUUCAAUCCGAAAAGUCUGAGACCGAAACCCUCGUUUUUACCGAAGAUGACGAUGUCGACCUGUGCCUAUACUACCUACGGACUUUGCACCAUGUUCUUGAGUGCUCCGGAGAAGCUUCAAGAGCGGUACUUGUUACAAAACACUUAUCCUUCAACAAUGGUGGACAGGUGCAGAUCUCCACUGGUGGGGAUGAGGUCGACAUCACACUGCAAGAUUACUUCGUCAGGGUGUGCAUGGCCUGCAUCACGGGUGAUGCUUCUGGCUCCGCCAGCGACGACCUCAACACGAGGGUCUCCAAGCUACAUCGCUACGCACUAACCGUUCUCCAUCACUUCCUCAUAAGCCAUCAUGCCACUCCUCUGGCCGAUCUUCAUCUCGACCAAGUCCUGAUUGAUAGAUUGUUCAAGUCCAUCGGAAGUCCCGAUCCAUAUGUGCAAGUCCUCUUACUUGACGUACUCUUCGAUACCCUAAAGUUACAGGACGCAGUGGCGGCGGCCGAGCUUUCGAUCCCGUCGACUGCUGAAAAGCGACGCUCAAGCGCGGAUCCAUUGCAUGCAGUACGAUUAUCUAUGUCUACUGGUGACACACGACCACCUCCCAUGGCAAUGCCACCUCAGCUGCUCAAAUGCCUGCAGGCAGGCUUGAGCUCGACUAACAGCCAGUUUGUUCUGGACAGCUGGGUCUCGUUUCUCAGCAGAUGUUUGCCGUUUUAUUCCCAAUCCAUCUUCCAGAUUUUGAUACCCCUCGUCGAGACGCUAUGCAAACAAAUAGGGGUUACGUUCUCACAUUUGAAGAGCAUGUUUCAAGACGACACAUAUGAGGUCAAGAAUGAGGCCGCAACGCCGGAAUCUACUCUCAUAUACCUUCUCAACGCUUUGGAGCAAGUCCUGGCAAAGGCGCAUGAUCAAUUGCUCGCCGAAGAGGCUCAGGCCUUGGCUCUCAAAGGUCCGGACCAGCCUCAGUCACUUUUCGGCAGCAUGGUAUCUGGUGUCUUCCAGUCCGACGCUCCUCAGUCCCGAAGCGCCACGGCCAACGACCGCUUGACUGUUCACCUAGCUUUCCAAGAUGCCGUGCGAAUGUGCUUCUCUAUCUGGACGUGGGGACAGGGAGAAAAUGCCACCACGCAGGACAUUAAUUCAUCCGCAUCCUUCAACUACACAUCUCUGAGGAUGAGGAACCGGGCAAGGCGGCUCCUCGAGCAUCUCUUUACGGCAGAGACGCUUGAGAGCCUCGAGACGGUGAUUGAUGUUUGGAGAAACUCAACAAGCGCAGCAGAGCAUGCCAUGGUGUUCAACUUUCUGGCGGCUCUAGACGCCGCCCGGCCGAGGCAUUCAAUGCCAGCCCUCUUCAACUCGAUAUACAGCCGCACUAACCCAGCCGCCCUAGAGCCCUCCCGCAAGUCCACGAUGACUAUUUCGCUCCAGGACGCCGACCUGGUUGUCUUCUUGGUCGAGUAUGCUAGGUCGCUCGACGACGAUGCCAUGGAUGAGAUAUGGCAGGACUGCAUAACGUUCCUCAAGGACCUCUUGAACAAUCCGUUCCCUCACCGACAGACACUCCCUAGUCUUCUUGAGUUUGCGGCGAUUCUGGGCGAGAAGGUCGACAAUACCAAUUUCGGAGAGCAGCGAAAGAUGAGAAGGGAACUAGGGGAUCUGUUUCUUCGACUUCUUACUGCCCUCUUCACCACAAGACCAACCUUUGCCGACCCGGCCAGUUCUAAUGGAGCGUCGGGCACAAAGACUACCAAGGGCGAGUUGGAACGCCGUGGCACAUUCCCUGCCGCUGUUGAGAGAUCGGAUGAUGUUGUGGCCAUUCUCGCCUCCGUGGUCCCAAAUCUGCCCAAGAUCCUACUUGAGCCGGACCGAGUGCUGUCGGCAGCUGGAACGAUCUCCACCAAUGUCAUUGGCCCUACGUUUCGCUCCAAGGCAUUCCCAGACUCUGUAACCGCGAGCACCCUGAAGCUCCUGCACGAGCUGUCGAGGCUGCAGAACAACCAGAAGUCUUGGAAGAAGGAUGUCGGCGACGCGUUCAACGACCCCAAGUUCUUCGCAAUGAACCUGACCCUGGUCCAGAACGACUGGCUGCCAUUGCUGCGACAGUGGGCCUUGACGGACAAGGAGAGGCUACCGGAGAUUGUCGGCCGCAUCAGCGCACCGACGACGGCGGGCAUAGUCUUUGGAGUGGGCGCAACGUCGGCGCGUCUCGAGGCCGACCGGAAGACGCAGCUCAACUUGCGGAGAAUCGCCACGCUGCUUAUUGCCUCGGCGGACGAUGCCUUUGUGACGGACAUUCCGGUCAUCUUUGACAAGAUGGUGGAGCUGUUUGGGGCCACCUCGACGUCCUCGCCGUCAUCUACCACGCGAGCAGAGGUGUACAUGGUCAUCAGGGCGCUGGUGCUCAAGGUCAGCCCCAUUCACCUAGCCAGGCUGUGGCCGGUGGUCAACGCCGAGAUUCACUCUGCCAUUGCCUCCAUCGUGGCUCCGGACCACAGCACGGCGUCCGAGAUUUACGUCAACUCGGCCGUCCUGCAGGCCUGCAAGCUGCUCGACCUGCUCAUCUGCGUCGCCCCAGACGACUUUCAACUGCACGAGUGGCUCUUCGUGACGGACACCAUCGAGGCCGUGUAUCGGUCGUCGACGUACAAGCCCGUCGCCCUGGUAGACGAGAUAUCUGAGGAGCUGAGCUCGACGUCGACACAGCUGGCCGCCAUCAGCAGCCACGACGACGCCAUGACGGCCGCGCAAAUGGCGACGCACAACAACGGCUCGCGUCGUCUCCCGCUGCUGGGCCGCGGCGGCAUCAGCGACGACGUGGCCUUUGAGAGAAAGGACGAGCUGGUGGCCAAGGUUCUUAGGCCGUUCUUUGGGCAGCUCAGCAUCUAUGCCUUUGAGUCGACGUAUGCGAUGGGGACGGUGGAUCGGGAGGCUUGCGUGGAGGGCCUGUUGAGGGAUCUUUUUGAUGAUCGGAGUAUGGUGAAGGCUUUGUAG